GAGUCGGUACAUUAGGAAAAAAGUUCAUGUGGGCAGAUCAGAUUCGCUGAUGAUCAUCCCCACGAGAGCUGCUUAGAAAUAACAGAAUAAUGACUAACGCCAACACCGCGCCAUAAAGAGAUAAAAAUAAGGCAAGAUACGCGUAAAGGCCGGAUAUUUAUUCUUAAAAACGGUAGGGAUUAGACGCGGUGUCUGCAUUAGAUAGACCAGUACUGUUUUUGGCAUAACUGCACCUUUCCAGAGGAAAACGAACAAUCAAGAUGGCUGACUCUAGCACCGGGAAGCCUAUUGUGGUGACGUCCUCCGUCUCCCUCAAAGUUACCGCUCCUUCUUUCUACAACCAACCUAAGAAGUUUGCAUCUGUCGCUCCUCCACGCCCAAAAGCACAGAUGGCCCCAUCACAGCCCAUGCCAUUUGUAAGCACCGGCGUAAUUGGACGAGUUGGAGAGAUGCCCCCACCCCCUUCAUCUCUUUGUGAGGACUUCCCGCCCCCACCUCCUCCUCCACUGGACGAUGCAGAGCUUCCAGCCCCUCCUCCAGAAUGCCAUAUCACACCCCCUGCAUCCGAUGCCCCUCCUCCUGCAUUCCCAGCCCCGCCCCCAGUCGCAGAAGACCUGAACCUCCCUGCACCUCCUGAGGAAUUAACCUCUGUACCUUCUGCCUCCUUCCCCCCACCCCCACCACCACCUCCUCCUCCCCCUGAGACCGGUGCAGGUGUCAACUCUCAGAGGCUGGUUGAGAAACAGACCAGUUUUGACAGGCAGUUGGGCUCUUUGACUGAUAUGUUAUCAGAAAUGGAGACAAGUGGACCUUUUAACCCAAAGUUGCCUAGCCAGUUUUCAUCAGCACCAGCGCCAAAGCCGGUGGCAGCACCACCACCGACCGCUCCUAAGCCUGCCCUUUCCUUUCUGCCCCCUCCUGAGCUGCAGGAUCGUCCUCCCCCUGCCCCUUGGGCUGAGGAGCUACGUGCCCGAACACGACCGGCCAAUCAGAACGCAACAUCUGCCCCCGUACCUGUACAGUCAUUUUCUAAAGGCCCAGCUAUUGCUCCAAAAACCAACUUCCCACCCAGUCAACUGAAUUCAAAUUUUGGUUCCAAAACAGUUAGUCCCGCACCUUCCGGAGGCGCAAGAGCGUUUAACCACGCUGUUAAAACCCCUGUCCAAAGCUCUUUCCCACCACCUCCACCUGCUGCCCCUCCUGCCCCUGUUCCUCCACCAGUGAAUAUUCCUGCCCCUGCACCUACAUUCAAUCACUCCGAAACAUCUCCCAUUGGUAGUCAGCAACGCUUUGCUCCGCCUUCUCCUGCAGCACCUAAGACGUCACCCGUCUCAUCGCUCAAAAGACCAGCAGGAAACACUGCUUCACCAAAGGUGUCAGGUUCAGGUUCAGGUCCUGGUGGAGCUCCUCUCACUAUGAGGGAAGUAGAAGAGCUGGAGAAGAUGACUAAAGACUUUAUUAAAGACAUGGACAAGCAUCCUCCUGUCAUCACCUCUCCGCCUACAGAGGUGUGCGGUAAAUGUGGAGAGGCUCUGUCUAGAUCUCAGCCAGCAGUAAGAGCGAUGGAUAAGCUCUUCCACUCCCAUUGUUUCUGCUGCAUGUCCUGUCGGCGCCCCCUACAGGGCAUGCAGUUCUACGACCGUGACGGAACGCCUCAGUGUGAGGACUGCUACAUGAAUUCUCUGUCUGUGUGUUCCCGCUGCGGGGAGAAGAUCACGGAUCGUGUCCUGAAGGCGGUGGGCCAGUGUUUCCAUGCCGGCUGUUUCCUCUGCACUACCUGCGGCUGCACCCUGGAGGGCGCUCCAUUCAUCACCGAUGACAACAACAACCCCUACUGUGUGAAAGAUUACCAUCGCCGUUUCUCUCCACUUUGCGUAAGCUGCAAUGAGCCGAUUGUUCCCGACCCUGGAAGUGAAGAGACAGUCAGGGUUGUUGCCUUAGAGAAGAACUUUCACCUGAAGUGCUACCGCUGUGAGGAUUGUGGCCGUCCCCUUUCCAUAGAGGCAGACGCUGAUGGCUGCUAUCCACUGGAUGGCAAAAUUCUGUGCAUGAAGUGCCAUACCCAACGUGCCAAGCAGGCCAAACAUUGAUCGGUGGAACUUAAACCAAACCUAAACCAAAUGUAAAACACACAGUUGGCUCAGCGUUGAAAAUGUAUUUGCCGUAUGUGUUCAUGAGUGUUGUACUUCUCCGUUUCAUUUUCUCAUUUUCCUCAUGUUUCACCUUUUCUCGACAAAGCUCUGCUGCUUUUUCAGAAUGGCCUUAUUCAAAGCUCGGCCAAUAGCUUGCCCUCUUCGCCCUGGCUUUUUUUCUGAUAGGGCUUGAUGUGUGUGAGCAUGUUAGUGCCUCCAUGUUGAAUGUUACAUACGACACAGUUUUUACCCCUAGAUUGAUACGAGACGUGAUUUUUAGGACUGUUUCUUUGGCUUGAAUUUUUACUGUAGUGGCUGACUUGGUGCAGAGGUAAUGUACUGCACUGCCGUCUCUGUUCAGCGAGCUGUACGACUCCCAGCAUGCCUUUAAAAAACUCCGAACAUCCAUAAAUUGUAACAUAGCUGACUGAGGCGAGACUUAUAAAGUCUGUAUAUCCACAGCCGUCCAUGCACUUUCAAUAAGGCUUUCCGAAACAUACCUUGUAGUUGAUGAGAAGGGCUCUGAGUGAAAUAGUCAAUAAGCAAAAACAAAGACGGGGAAAGGCACAACGUGAUUUGUGUAUUUGUAUGACAUGCAUGCUUCAUUUAUAGAAUACUCUGUUUACCUGUACAAGAACAAAUAUUUUAAAAAGCACAUUUGUUUUGUCCUAAAACGUACUGAACAAAAUAUGUGAUGAUACAGUUGAGUAUGUUUGCAUUGAUUAUCGUAGCAAGUAUCAGUUCAGUCAGUUUUCAUUCCACAUAUUGUCAUUAAGGUAUUUAGCGAUUGCACAACUGUAGGUCGAUAUGACAAUUUAAAAAGUAUUUCCAAAGAAAUCAGUCACUGAGCCUAGUUGUUAUAAGUCUAUGAUAACAUAGCUAAAGCUUUUUAGUAACAUCUGGAUUAUGGGUCAUAUUAUCUACACAGAAACUUCAGAAUAUUUAACUAGAGGCUUUUGGUUAUAUAAAGCAGAGUUCAUUCAACAUCACAAAACUGUACAGUUCAUUUUUAUCAUUUAAAAACAACAGUGUUACUGUAGACAAACUAACAUGAUUUAGAACAAAUUGAACUGAAGUAUUUAAUUUUUAACAGUCAACCAUUCCCUGUGAGAGUUUUCCAACAUUGCCAUUUUAGCUUUUUUUUUUUUUUUGUUUCGUGUUUUGUUUUUGAUAGCAACUACUGUCUCACUAACACCACUUAUUUUGGCUGUAAAGUAGCGCUGAUAUUAUUUUGAGAAUUACAUCUGCUUUUACAUACAGUAGCUCUGAAACUUGUUUUAUUUGUCUAUGCACCUCAAUGUAUGUUUCCCUUCCUGGCAUUGUGAAUUGGCCAAGAAAUUGAUGUAAUCGCAUAAAAAGAUGGCUUCCAUCAUAAAAGUGUUACAUGACCAAAACCAACACAUUAUGCAUGAUUUGCUGUUAUUACAGUGUUUUUAUACAUCAUGUUUCACGGUUGCCUCAUUUUCAUGCUGGUUUCACAAUACUGCUGAAUUCAGUAAGCCGUUAUUCACCAUUUGAACAGUUUAGCCUCCAUGUAUUUACCAUUUAGCUGUACUUUGUCUUUUUUUUGUAAACUGAACAUCUAAAUUUCUCUCUUAAUAUGUGAAUGUGUGUAUGUUUACGGUCGAAAGCCAAUGCCAACGUGUUAUUUUUGCUAUCAUUGUUUUCCUUCCACAUUUGUACUGUAUUCUGAACUAAUAAAAGCAUAAAAUUGACAA